AUGGAACAGAACAGGAAGCUGGUGAAGGAUUCUGGGAUGAGUCGUUCAAGUCAUUCCACGAUAGUAAACCUUACGGUUCGAGUUCUGUGGGUAUGGAUGUGUCGUUCGUUGGUUUCAAGUAUAUUUACGGUCUGCCUGAGCNAAACUGAAAUUUGUCGGUGCAGUAUGGAUCCGUAUCGUUUGUACAAUUUGGAUGUAUUUGAAUACGAAACAAACACUCAAAUGGCAUUGUAUGGCGCAAUCCCUUACAUAGCUGCUGUCAAUAAGAACCGUGCAAUAGGUAUGCUAUGGCUGAAUGCCGCAGAAACUUGGGUUGAUGUCAAUUCGUCGACGGCUGAUAAGGGUAUGCUCAGUGCAUUGGUGGAUAAAUUCAGAACUUCGUCGGAAGUGCCACAAACCGAUGUGCAUUUCAUAUCCGAAUCGGGUCUCAUCGAUACGUUCUUUAUGCUUGGCCCUACGCCUAAUGAUUUAUUCCGUCAAAACGCUGAUCUAACUGGUGUCUACGCAGUGCCACCGUUGUUCUCAAUCGCGUAUCAUCAGUGCCGUUGGAACUACAACGAUCAAGAGGAUGUGGCGCAAGUGAGCGCAGGGUUUGAUGAGCACGAUAUUCCGAUGGACGCGAUGUGGCUGGAUAUUGAACAUACCGACGGCAAACGAUAUUUCACUUGGGAUCCGGUGAAGUUCUCGAAACCGUUGGAGAUGGUUGCGAACCUGACGAAAAAGGGUCGUAAACUGAUCACAAUCAUUGAUCCGCAUAUCAAGAAAGAUGACAACUAUCACAUUUAUAAGAGUGCCAAAGAUGCGGGUUUCUUUGUGAAGGACAGGGAAGGUGCGAAUGAUUACGAGGGACAUUGCUGGUCGGGUGCUUCGAUGUAUUUGGACUUCAUCAAUCCGGCGGUUCGCGACUAUUGGGCGAGUAAAUUUGCGUACGAUCAAUAUGUUGGUUCCACAAAAGAUGUGUUCACUUGGAACGAUAUGAAUGAACCGUCGGUGUUCAGUGGUCCUGAGAUAACGAUGCAUAAAGAUGCGAAGCAUUUCGGUGGUUGGGAGCAUCGAGAUGUGCACAAC